ACAAUGUACGUACAGCAUGCCAGACAGUGACUACCUGUGUGCUACAUAAACAUGCAUCAACCCAACAUAUAAUAACAGCUCAUAGCCUGUAAUGUUAAUACUUAAAAGUGUUUGGAUAUUUUCUAACGAAGGAUGAUGAAGAAUAGGCCAGCCUUUCAUUUGGUACUAAUUUUUCUCAAGUCUGUUUCCUGUUACGAAAGAUAUCAGCAAGAGAUUCCAAACGGAGAGAUCGUGCCCCACCCUUGUAAACAAAACUUUCUUUGGAGAGGAGUUGGCCAUAUAAGCGAAUUGGGCGGAGACAGUAGAAACCAAUUUGGUCUGGACUUCAAAGCAAAUGGUUUUAAAUGGGAUUCAAAUUUAUGCAAGAAAGACUCUGAUGGUGAUGGAAAGACGAACGGACAGGAACUCGGAGAUCCUGAUUGUAUUUGGCGGAAAGGAAAACAACCUUCUCGGAAGACUGGACUCUCACACCCUGGUAUAUGUGAUCCAGUUGACAACCCUUUGUGUCAUGGGAAACAUGAUUUUGUUAAUUGCGACCAAGAAGACUUUCAUUGUCCAGCAAUUCACGAACCAGAGGUUUUUAACUUCACUGUAGCGAUACCCGAGACAGAUAUACCUGCAAACGUUACAACCUACACAUGCUUAGUUUUUGAAUUUCCCAGAGAUGCAAACCACGUGAUCGCUUACAAACCACAGAUCAACAAUAUCCAGAUGUUACAUCAUAUACUAGUCUUCCAUUGUGAAGACGACACAGAAGUUUCUGAUGAACCAUACGUAUGUGGCAUGACCCCCGGGCCUAAAUGUGUAGGUAUCAUCUCGGUAUGGUCGGUUGGUCUAGCUGGGGUUUGUCCUCAUGAAGGAAGUGGUAUGCUUGUUGGUGGAACGUGGGGAAUCAAGAAAGCUGCAAUUCAGCUACAUUGGAAUAACCCGGAGAAAAAGGCCAAUGAAAUCGACUCUUCUGGGAUGAUUUUUUAUGUAACGCCUAAACUCCGCCCCUAUAAUUCUGGAAUGAUGAUGAUUGGACAGACGUAUCUGGAGAUCCCGCCCAAACAAGAACGUUACAGUGUUCUGGGAGGAUGCCCGGCUGAAUGUAGCGCUCUGAUUAUAACUAACAACAUAACGGUGGUGUCUGCCGUGAACCACAUGCAUUAUUUAGGGCGGUCGCAGAUGACGGAAGUGUGGAGGGAUGGUAAAUUUGUUGCUGACCUUGCCACAGACAACUAUUACAGUUACGACCAUCCUUUACUCCACAAUUCUGAACAUGGCAUAAUUGUGAAACCUGGCGACGAAAUCCGAACAACGUGCGUCUAUAAAACAACAUCAAGGGAGACAACUACUUAUUAUGGAGAGCAUACUACCGAUGAAAUGUGUUUCGCUUUCAUCAGCUACUUCCCUGUAGAAAAUGCCAAACCAAAGUGUAACUCUUGGAGAGGUUCGAGCACGUGUGACUGGAAGGAAAACAACAAUGUUGUAUAUGGGUGCGAUUUUAGGACAUUGACUCUCGAUGAUCCCGAAAUGUUGCAGAUCUACUCUAACGUCAUAGAAAAGUGUGUCCCCGGGAAUUGUAAGGUAGAAUGUAUGCUGAUUGUGCGUAAUAUAAAGAAGAAGCCAUGUUUCCUUGGUGAUGCGGACAAAUAUGCGAGAUUUUUAGCAUUUAAAGGUGAACCAGAGAGUGCUAAAUAUAAGAUGAUGAGUGAAUUCUAUGCUGCGUUAGACUCAUGUGAUAAAGAUAUGCUGGAGGAACAGAUUCUAAAACUGAAAACUAAACUGAGAAUUAAAGAGAAUGAAGGACGACAGAAUUGUUCACAGAUGAAGUAUGCAAACAAAUGUGAAGUGAAUAGAGCUGGAACAAUUUUAUUUAAUUGUCAUUUCUUGACUGUUGUAAUAGUUAUGGUCUUUUGUCACUUUUUUGUCACUGAAUUGGCAUAAGAAUGUUGACUUGAACAUUUGAAAUAUCAAAUCAUUUCUUUCUCAUAUGAACUACAAUAGGGUAGUGUUCGUUAUUUAUAAUUAUUUAUACAACUUUUCAAUGACAAAUACGCCUCGCCCCUGGUACCAACCUUGCAUGCUUGAUUUUAGUAAUUGCCAUGGGUAGGUGCUUUAACGAUGGUUGUGUGUGGCUGGGUGCUAAAUGAAUGUCCCUCGACCGUGUCUACCUUUCUUUCAAUUUGUUUGGUCAUGUUAAUGUAUGUAUAUAAUGUAAGAUACUGCUAUUGUUGCAUUGUUGCGUUGAAGGUUGAAUUAAAGUGUUGCAAUUCACUUUGAAUAAAUUUGAUUCAAUGAAUACAAAUUCUAAAAUU